AUGCACCCAAACGUGCAGUACCCAAUUUCUGAAAUUCCACGUGACCCAGACCCAGCCGGCAAAAUCGACGUGGGCGCCCUGCGGGCCUGGUGGGCGGUUCAGGAGCACGAAAACAGCGACCUUCUCGAACUCGUGAGAGAAGUCGAGGCCACUUGGCCGGAGAGUCUGCCAUCCAAGUCUUGGUACAUUGCCCUCUACGCGACGCUCUUAACGUGUGGGAAGCCAGCGACCAUCGUACCGAUCUUCAAGCACGUCCUGACGAGCGAUGGCGCGACCGAGGCCGCGAUCAAAAAACUCGGCGACCGCUUCAAGGACGUGCUGGUGAAGUCGUUCAACAUCGUCGGCAUUCCGCUUCCCGUCAUGGCGCUGCCGCACUUGGCCAAGGCCGAACUCGCCGCCGUCGCUUCGCUGCGGCCUGACGAGGGCGAUGACGCCACGAGAGCCAGGCUCAACGCCUUCCUGUCGCGUGACGCCCAGCUGUCCGAUUCGUGGUACGUCUGUCAGGACACGGGCCCCGCCGUCGACCAGAAAGGCUUCGACUACAUGCUGCGCGUGUACAGGCACAAUCUGCCGGCCAUCAUGGCGACCUGGGGCCGGCACCAGGCCGACUUCGAGUGGUUGGAAAUGCGGGUCGUCUACGGCCUGUUCCUGUCCGACUUUACGGUCCUGGAUCCCCUCGAGUCCGAAAUGGUCGUCCUGCCCGAAAUCAUGGCUCAGGACAUACUGGCCCCGACCGUCUGGCACACCAGAGGGUUUCGACGGCUUGGCGCGUCCGAGCAGGACGCGGACGUCCUGCUGGACACGGUCAAGAAGUGCGCCAGAUGGGCAGGAAAGGAGCUCAAGGAGACGGGGGGCCUAGUCGCGAAAGACGUCGACGUAGAAUGGGACCCCAAGUGAAG